AUGUUACUCUCUGUUCCCCAGGGACUCCUUUUGUUAGCAGGCCUGUGCUGCCUUUUCUCUGGCUCCCAGCCUCAAGAUCCCCUGGAGAUAGAUGCGGAAGAACAUGACCAUGAACAUCAGGCGCAUCUGCCCUGCCAACGCAUCUCCUAUAGCAUUAUCCAGUUAGCCUUCACCUUGUAUCAGAAGUCUGGUAGCUGGGCGAAAGAUGCCAACAUCUUAUUCUCCCCAGUGAAUAUCAUUGCUGCCUCUUUAAUGCUUUCCCUGGGAGCCAAGAACAACACCUACAACCAGAUCCUGAAGGGACUGAAUUUCAACGUCUCAGAAACACCAGAGAACUACAUCCAUGCCUGCCUCCAGCAAAUUAUCCAUAUCCUCCAUCUGCCAGACCACAGGUCACAGCUGACCAUAGACAGCAGCCUAUUCACUGACCAGAGUCUGAAGCUGGAGGACAAGUUUGUGGAUAAUGUCAAAGCGCUGUACCACUCAAAAGCCAUUGCUGUCAACUUCAAGGACACCCAAAAAGCCCAAAAACAGAUCAAUGAGUAUGUGGAGGGAGAAACCAGAGGGAAGAUAGUGGGAUUGGUCAAGGAUCUGGAAAAAGACACACACUUUGCCUUGAUGAAUUACAUCUUCUUCCAAGGCAAAGGGUAUGACGAAGUUGAUGUUGAACUCAAGUUGGAAGCUGACUUCCAUGUGAACAAGGACGUGACGGUGAAAGUGCCCAUGGUCAAUCGCCGGGGUAGAUUUUUCUUGCACCGGGAGGAAGAGCUGUCGACCUGGGUGAUGGUAAAUCAUUACAUGGGUGAUGCCACCGCCUUCUUCAUGCUGCCUGACCAAGGAGAGAUGCAAAAACUAGAGGAGAACUUGAAUCACAAACACUUCGUGAAUAUCUUAAAGCGCAUCAACAUACGGACUGUCAAUCUGUACCUUCCCAAACUGUCUAUGUCCAAAUCCUAUGACCUGAAGACCAUCCUGAGCACGCUGGGCAUCACCCAGGUCUUCAGCAAUGAGGCUGACCUCUCUGGGAUCACACGAGAUGCUCCCCUGAAGAUCAGCAAGGCUGUGCACAAGACUGUACUGACCUUCAGUGAUGAUGUGACACACACUGCAAGGAACAGCAGUUUGAGUAAAAGGGGCUUGUCUAAGAUCCCCGUCAUCCGUUUCAACAGGCCCUUCAUAAUUAUCAUUAAAGACAAAUACGCCAAUGUCCCCCUCUUUGUGGGAAGAGUGGUAAAUCCCACAGAAAAUACCUGAUUUCAAAUUCCAGUCAUCCUCACCACCCUGUUCCAGCAUGUCCCCUCCCUGCUGACAUUAAACAUGGGGUAGCUUUUGCUCACUCCUGAGUGCG